AUGGGCGAAGUCGACGGCGCCAUCGAGUUGUAUCGCGAAGCGUUGGUCUCCUCGGAUAAAUUCGCACCAGCAUUAGUAAACUGGGGUAUCGCGUUAGAGCAUAAAAAAGAGUACGACAAAGCCGAAGAAAAGUACAAGCUGGCGGUGGAGAAGAACCCAAAUAUGGCGGAAGCGUACGCGCGAUGGGGCACUUUGAACUUUGGACAAGCGAGAACGCUCGUGCAAAAGAUGUUCAGAUAG